AUGGACUUUAGCCUCGACGGCAAGGCGCUCCUGUCGGUGCCGCCGCAGAAGCGCUCGCGCGUACUGCUGUCGUGCGCCCCGUGCCGCGCCUCCAAGCUCAAGUGCGACCGGAGCCAGCCGUGCAGCCAGUGCGCGAAAAAGGACCGCCCCGCGGCAUGCGUGUACGCGCCCAAGCCCGUCAAGAGGAAGCCGCCGCCCAAGGGCAUGUCGGCGCGGCUGAAGCGCCUCGAGGGCAUGGUGCGCAACAUGAUGGAGGCUGAGGCCGCGGAAAAUGCCGCCGAGGGGGGAAAGAAGACAGAUGGUGAGGAGGAGGAGGAGGCGGCGGCGGCGGCAACGGAUGCGCACGAGGCAAAGACGGCGCAUGGACAGGUGGUGCGCAGUGUGCAAGGUUCGACGUACGUGGGAGCGACACAUUGUUUGGCGAUGUUGGAAGAUAUUGAGGAUAUGAAGACAUAUUUUGAUGAUGAAGAUGAUGAAGUGGAGGGCGACUCUCCAGGGAGGGAUCUGGAAGCCGCUGAAAUAUUACUUAGCCCCCGAGGCGGGCCGGGCAGCCGAGACGAGCUCAUUGGGAAUAUUCCAGAAAAAUACAUUGCUGACAGACUCAUUAUGCGAUACUUUUCUUCUGCAAGUCCCUCGCAGUUUUGUGUGCAUCGACCUACAUUCACGAAGAAUGCGAAUCCCGACAGUGCGUCUCUUCCUUGGAUCGCUCAACUGUUCAUGAUCCUUGCUCUCGGUGUCAUUUUCAACUACUUUUCCUCGCCAGAGGAGCUCCGCGCCGAAUCCACAAUCCCCGUCCUGCAGCGUAUUCAAACGUUUCGCUCGUGUGCGGGCUGGGCUCUCGUCUGGAGCAAGUACACGAACCCAACGUCAGAAACCAUCCCGGCCUUUGUCCUCUACGUCGAGGCGUACUUUUUGUUCAGCCGCGCGGCACAGAUGAGCUGCUACACGCUCUCAGCCGUCUGCCUGCGUCUCAUGCUCAAGCUGGGCAUGCACCGGGACCCGAGCGGGCUCGCCGACCUCUCUCCGUACGAGGGCGAGAUGCGCCGGCGGUGGUGGAGCAUGGCGUGCCAGAUCGAGCUGCUCGUGUCGUUUCACAUGGGCCUGCCCAGCAUGCUGCACGGCAUCGAGUCGGACGUGGAGAUUCACGGCAACUACCAGGACGAGGACUUUGGCGAGGAGACGGAGGAGAUGCCGGCGCCCCGGUCGCUGCAGGACUACACGUCGCUGUCGUACUCGAUCAACAAGACCAAGAUACUGCGCGUGUUUGGCCGCAUUGCGCGGCAGGCGCACGCGCUGACGCCGCCUUCGUACACAGACACGAUGCGUCUAGACGUUGUGCUCAAUGCCACGUGGGACGAGGUGCCGCCGUUUCUGCGCGUCAAGCCGCUGGACCAGUGCAUCGGCGACGCGCCCAUGCUGCUCAUCCAGCGCUACGGCAUCGAGGCCCUGUAUCACAAGUGUCGCUGCGUGCUGCACCGCCGGCAUCUCGCCGAGCCCGUCCCGCGCGCCGAGCACGACUACGCGCGGCAGCAGUGCCUCGAAGCCGCCGUCGCGCUGCUCGAUAUCCAGGUCACCAUAUGGAACGCGACGCGGCCGGGUAGCAUGCUCAGCAUGUGCGGGUGGUUCGUGACGUCGCUGUCGGUGCACGACUUCAUGCUCGCCGCCAUGGUGAUUUAUGUCGCGGCGCGCAGCGCGCACUACCCGGAGCACCCGACUGGGAGCGACGCGCGCUGGGCGGCGCCCGACGUGCGGCUGCGGUCCAAAGAGGAGCUGAGGAUGAUGCUGCGGCGGUCGCACGCCAUCUGGUGCCGCGUCUCGUCCACCGUGGGCGAGCUGCGCAAAACAAGAGACACGCUGGCCAUCAUGCUGGCCAAGCUCGGGUGUCCCGUCGACGGCGAAAGCUAUCCGACGGCGCCGCCUCCAAAGACGACGGCAGUGGGUGGCGGCAUGUCCAUGAUGGUACCGCCGCCGCUACGGAAUGAGACUCGGCUCGGACAGCAAGUGUUUACACCAGCUGCGCCACCGCCAUCGCUGCUAUCGAGUGGGCAACUUUCUUCAGUGGCUGCAUCUACCAAUCAUGCUUACAGUGGCUCAGAGCCCACAACCGGAUUUCACGCUGACAGGAUCAAUCUAGGCACGAUGAUGAGCACAGACUUCUCGAGCUUUGAUCUGCCACUCGUUGGCGAUGACCCAACAGUCGUAACGUUUCCCGGACCAGAGGGGACGAGUUUCGGAGGGGACGCGACAGGAAAGGGCCUCUCAGCGCCUGAGGAUAGUGGCGAUAGCAUCUUUGGCACAGUCGAAUUUGACUCGUCCUGGAUGGACGAUGGCAUGGACUGGCUGGAUGUCUUCUCCGCUAACAAUGAUGAGACGUCGGCUUGGCCUGAAUUUGGGGAACCCAACGAGUACUUGCGUCAUUUGGCCGUCGGACCAGUGCGAGUGCUUGGAAAGAACGGUAUUGGUCUUGCUUAUGUGAAACACGGCAGCUACAAUGUAUGCUACUUUGUCACAUUCCCUGCUGACGGUACCGAAUGGGUGGUGCGAAUUCCAAUUAGCCCGUUGAUCAGCGAUGUCUGGGCCAAGGUGCAAAGCGAAGUCGCAACUAUGCAAUAUGUUCAGCGCGAAACAAGGAUACCUGUUCCGACAGUUCAUGGAUAUGGCCACGGAGAGAGGCUGACAGCAGAUCCUUCUACGUUGCAGGCAUUUCUGAUCCUGGAGAAAAUGCCAGGCGAGUCGCUUCAUUCUCACGAAAUAUCCGCCAUUCCAAAAGAAAGUCGCAUCUUCUUUUUCGCCCAGUUGGGCGACAUUCUUGGACAGUUGCAACAGCUACAUUUUCCCAGAUCAGGAUCCCUAUACCCUGACUCCAAAAGCAGUGGCAAAUUCACGAUAGGCAAUCCUCUCUACGUGAUCGGGAAUGACAACGCGGUGAAUGUUGGAGUGUACGAAAAAUCAUCGACAACCUUCUCUAACGCAUUUGACGCAGUCAAAGGCAUGUUUCCUGUCCUGGAGCACGCCUACGAGAUACCUAUUUCAGAUGAAGUGCCCGAUCAAACCAUCAAGCGUGAACUGUUUGCCAUUGACAGUCUGGCUAGCUCACUUUCUGACAACACCCACCCCUUCUGGAGCCUUGAUGCGCCGUUCAUGCUAAGUCACGGCGAUCUGAGAUGCGAGAACAUCAUGGUGGACGAAAACAUGAAAAUAACAGCCAUAAUCGACUGGGAAUGGGUAGUUAUCCUACCACAACAGCUUUGCACGCCGCCAACCUGGGUCUUUGGCCAAAACUAUCUAAGAGACUUGCACAACCGGGAGAUAUUCCAAGAGUUCCAGAGUGCCAUCACCCAAGACAACGCUUACCAUGAAUACUUGCAGUACUGGAGAUCCAAUGUGCAAUAUCUGCCUCUUGCACAGAUUUUACGGCACCCAGAGCUUCUUGUAAACAUCUAUUACACAGACGUAUUUCCGCGGCUUCACAGCGAGCCAUUCUCUGCAGUUGAGGCAAGCUUCUUCGCCGACGAGGAGCACAGGAAGAAAUUCCAGGAGAGGCUGACAGUAGCAGAGCGCUACAAUGAGUACCUCAAGGAAAACGAUCUCUAUGUUGUAGAUGAAGUUUGGAAAAGCCAGCAGGAGUGGAUUGAAAAGGCGGAUAAACUACUUGCAGAAGUUAAUAGUAAGCUAGCUGCCUACAAAUCGAAACAUACUAUCUAG